GGCAAACCUCUUAUGUCUUAAAGGAUAUUGUUAGUCGAGGAUGAUAUAUACUUGAUAAAUAUCCAUAAUCCUCUAAAAGGAACGAGCGGGAACAAUAAACUUAGCGAUAUUCAAUAAAAGCCAACCUCGCCUUAACAUAUACCUUACCUAAAUAAAAGAUGAAUAACCAAUCAAUCAAUCAACUGCUUGCCCAUCCAGCACCCAAUCUGGUGAUCCACCAAUCUCACAAUUAACCACCCCGCUCGCACCAUAUUUGUGGAACCUUUACCCCUCCAAAAGCAUCUGAUUUUAAUACCAGUCCAGUGUACUCGAAUAUGAACUUGCGAUACCAUCUCUAGAUCUACUCGAGUAGGUAGUAUAUCCUCAACAAUCUAUCCUUUUCUACCAGACUCAUCGGCACAUUUUCAAAGCCCAAGCCCCUCUCCAAAAACCAAAAACCAAAGACCUCCAAACCUCCUCACAACCAACCAACACACAACACCAUGGCCGACCCCUCACUCUACACCUACCCCUCUCCCCUCGACGGCUACGAAAACCUCUCUCCUCUACCAAACGAACUUAACCCCGACGGAAAGAGCCACGUAAAUCCUCAGACCGGAGUCAAGAGCCAGAGUUACGAGAAAUUUACUGAGCCUUUGGAUAAUGGGAUUAGGGGUGCAUUGUAAGAUUUAAUUUUGCUGUUCUCGGGUGGGCUAAGGGCAUUCCUUCAAAUAGGAGUGAAUGGUCAUAGAUGAUGAGGAUAGUGCUGAUAGUAUUCAUACUAGUGAUGUGCAUAUUUAUCAUUUCCAGAAGAACAAGGCACAGGCCAAGUUUGCUAAAGAAUUAUGGGAGAGAAUUAGGAGGGAAUGUGAGAUUUGAUUUCUAUUUCUGGAGUGGUUUCGUUAAUACUGAUUGAGGAAUACAGUUCCGGAGCUUCGCGUCUACAGAUUUUGGGAGGUACCAAUUGGACCUCAUCCAGUUGCAAUGUUUGAAGUAAAUCUCUUCACGCCUGCGCAAUUUGGUGCCUUCAUACCUUGGUUGGUGAUUAAUAGGGGUCCAUUGAGCGCGUUAGUUCAUCCUAACACGGUUGAUGAUAAAGGAGAGCUAUUGAAUCACGAGAGAGAUCAUACGCAAAGGGCAAUUUGGAUGGGAGAACAACUUCCGCUAGAUUUGAGUGUCUUCAAGAAGUCGAAGUAACAAAAAGUUGAACAGCAUGUGGGAAGGAAAUAGCGGCUAAGACUCUUGGUGAUCGGCAAUAGGAAUUGUCUGUGCAGAGGAACAUUAAUUUGCCGGGGGAAAUGCAAUGACAGAAAGAGAAAUGUAUUGGGAAUCACGUACUUCACCUGAACCACCAAUUCACCGAUGCACUGAU